UUUUCCCUGCUCCACCAUGGCCCGCCGUUCACAAAGUUCUUCAUUGGGCGACAACCCCCUGGAUCCCAAUUACUUGUGUCCGCAUUACCGAGAAGAGUAUCGCAUGGCUAUUGAUGCCCUGGUGGAGGAGGAUGUUGAGGGAUAUUACAACUUUUUACAAAGUGCCAAUGUAGUUGACUUUUUAUCAAGGUCAGAGAUUGAACAUAUUAAAAGCACUGUGCAAUCACCACAGAGUGCUGGAAAUGUACCAGAACUGCCAUAUCGAGAAAUAGAUCAGGAUGGGUCUUCUGACACCUACUGGCCACUGCAUUCUGAUUUGGAUGCACCAGGACUAGACCUUGGCUGGCCUCUGCAGCAUCAUAGUUUUGGGGGGCCCACAGAGGUCACAAUGUUGGUAAACCCUGCUGACCCUGAGCGGUCAAGCAUUAAGGAACAGGCCCGGCAACUCAUCAAAAAUGCUCAUCAGGUAAUUGCAGUGGUAAUGGAUAUUUUCACAGAUAUUGAUAUAUUCUCUGACCUUUUGGAUGCUACAGCACGUCACGUGCCUGUCUAUAUUCUUCUGGAUGAACAAAAUGCCCAUCAUUUUGUUAACAUGGUGGCAAGCUGUAAAGUUAAUCUGGAUAUGAUUCAUAUGAUGCGGGUACGGACAGUGGCAGGCAUUACCUAUUUCUGCCGCACAGGAAAAUCAUUUAAAGGUCAAGUGAUGGACCGUUUUCUUCUGACAGACUGCAGAGCAGUGAUCAGUGGAAACUAUAGUUUCAUGUGGUCUUUUGAGAAGAUCCACCGUUGCAUUGCCCAUUUGUUCCUUGGAGAACUAGUUGCCACAUUUGAUGAGGAGUUUCGUAUCUUGUUUGCUCAGUCUCAGCCUCUUGUUGUUGAAAAUGCCCUUGUACCCAUGCCACAAGACAAUACAAGUAGUUACCUUGGCAAUCAGUUUAGCUUAAAAAGGACUCAGUCACUAAGGAAUCCCAGAGGAUAUCUUCGCCAGCCUGAACUUACUGGUUACCCAUUUGGGGAUCGUCUUGAAUCCAUACUACCUUUUCGGAGGGAGGACCCGUUCCGCCAUACACUUGAACCAGGUGCAGGUCCUAUGCAGGUCACAAAAUAUGCAACACAGCAGUUCAAGAUGCAACAGUCAUUCUUGGAACCAGGACGCUCAAUGUUAGCCUCCAGGCAGCUGGAAAUGAAUGCCUUUAAGAGGCAUAGCUAUGCCGAGGGCACCCGUGAGACCUACGCCUCCUCCCGGCAGUAUAUGAAACAGCGUGUAAUGAACAACUUGGAGGAAAUGGAAUCGCAUUACCAGCGAGAACAACAUUACUAUCACAGUGAAGGCAUGGGACCGGAUUCUGAGCGCGGGCACUAUGACCGUCUUAACUACGGCAUGUACCAGACAGAUCAACACCCUGAUUCUGCAUAUCCUCCUGAACUUGAAGCGCCAGGAAAUCUGAAUGUUUUGUCCACUGACGACCUCAAAAGUGAUUCAGAAAAACAGUACUCAGGAGGGGGACGCUAUGGUCCACAAACCCACAAGAGGCCUGCUGCAGGCCACGCAUAUGCCUGUCAGAGUUCGCCGACUCAGCCACAUCCUCCUGACCACAAGCAGUUGUUCUCCACUGGAGAGCAGGUACAGCAGUCCCAGGACCCCAGUGUAAAGCAGGGAUUGCGGAGCUGGAGAAUCAACUCUUAUCUCAGC